UGUUCGAUUGCACGAUGGAUCACCUUGAAGAAAGAUUAAUUGAGGAAGUCAGGAAGUACGACCACCUCUACAACUACUCCUCAAAGAACUACAAAGACUGCCAAAUGGCCAGCAACUCCUGGCGAGACAUUUCCAGGAACACGGGGGUGGACGUCGCGGAGUGUAUGGAGAGGUGGAAGAACCUCCGUGACGAAUAUGCCCGGCUCCGAAAGAAACUUGCCACAAGAAGCUGCGACCCAGGCUGCCAAAAAGAGCCAGCGUUUUAUCAUCUUCUUUCAUGGCUGGCACCACACGUGAAGUACUGCGAAACAGAGUCCCACUAUGAUCAAACGACCAGUUCAGAAGAGAGCACAUCGUCCAGUUCAGCGGAGAGCGACACAGACCCCGUUGAGUCCCCCGUGUCUCGUCCCAAAAGGAAAAGGAAGAGGGACCAGGACGACUGGUUUGUUGAUCAGCUGAUAAACCUGGAAGAGCGUCGGGUGGAGGCAGAGCAGAGGCUUCUGCAGGGGGAUGAUGAGUGCUCCAGGUUCGGGCAAACCGUGGCCGACAUGCUCCGGAGAUUGCCAGAGGACAGCGUGUCCGAAGUUAUGUUUGAGGUCUACAACCUGAUCCACGAAAGUAGACAGAACUUUUGUUGUAGUUGA